AUGUCUGACCUCAUGAGAAUGAUGGCAUCCAUGAAGCAAAACACUGAAGAUAGCAUCAAGGAGUUGAAAAAUACGACAAAGAAUUUGGAGAACCAAAUCGCGCAAGUCGCAGGUACCAAUAUCCAAAGGCAACCUGGCCACUUACCAGGACAACCGGUCCCUAAGGAGACCGCCAAUGCUAUCACUACUCGUAGUGGUGUCAGUUAUGAAGGGCCACAAAUGCCUACUGAUGAUGCAAAUCUUGAGAAGGAGAAUGGUGAGGUUGCAGAGAAGGCCUUAGAUAAUGUUCCCACCUCAAAAGAUGGGAAAGCUAAAGCAAGUGAUUCUGAGAAAGAGAAAAAUAAAGGUUCUGAGCCUCCAUCAGUCGAGCCAAAGCUACCAUUCCCACAUCGAAUGCAAAAGACCAUGGUAGAUCAACAAUUUGGUAAGUUCUUGACUAUGGUCAAGAACCUUGAGGUAACUGUUCCUUUUACUGAUUUGGUCUCUCAAGUUCCAAUGUAUGAAAAGUUUUUAAAGGAAAUGAUUACUAAGAAGAAAGACUUUGGUGGUGUAAAAAUAGUCGCUCUAACUGCAGAGUGUAGUGCUAUAUUUCAAAAUAAAUCCCCACCUAAGCUUAAGGACCCUGGUAGUUUUUCCAUCCCAUGUCAUGUAGGUGCAUUAUUCAUUGAUAAAGCUUUAUGUGACUUAGGUGCUAGUGUGUUAUGCCUCUUUCUGUUUGUAACAUGUUGA